AUUCUGUCAAAUCGAUCCUUUCGCCAAUCCAGCCACGUUCGGCUAAAAUUUUCCUGCAUCACGGUUUGUGUAAAAAAGCAGAAAAAUCGGAUUUAGUUCGUUUCUAGAGAAAUAUUUUACGGUCCACUGUAGAAACGAUGAGUGAGACCAUUACUUGCACACCGGAGUUCACGGUCUUCGAUGCUCCGCAGCUUCAAUUCAACGAGGAAGGUUGGGGUCCAUGUGAGCUUCCGGAUGCAUUCAAGGAUAUUCCGUACCAGCCCUUCAGCAAAAGCGAUCGCCUGGGAAAGAUAUCCGAUUGGACGGGAACGGCCCAAACCGAUAAAAAAUAUCCCAAUAAGUAUGCGUCCCAGUUUGGUGGUGGUAGUCAGUAUGCCUAUUACCAUGAAGAGGAUGAGACAACAUUCCAUCUGGUCGAUAGUGCCAGAAUCCAAAAGCCUCCUCAUUUGCGUGGGCGUGUUCGACAGUAUGGUAACAUGAGAAAUAAUCGCGGUCGUGGUCGCGGAGGUCGCGGUGGUGUUCAAAGCGGUGCCAUGACAACACUGUCUAAGAAUGCCAACAAGGGACGGGAUCAGCGACGUGGCACUACCCGCAAAUGGGGGGCUCGUGGACCACCGCCGAAGAUUCGCGAUGCUUCGGUUGCGGUACGUCCGGAUUGGGUCACUAUCGAGGAGAUGGACUUCCCGCGGCUGUCCAAACUCUCGCUGCCGAGUGUUAAAGAGGGAGAGGAUAUCGCAACCUGUGGAACACUGGAAUACUACGACAAGGUUUAUGAUCGUGUUAAUGUCAAGAACGAGCGUCCAUUGCAACGUGUGGAUAGAAUCUUCCACACCGUCACGACAACGGACGAUCCGAUUAUUCGCCAGCUGUCCAAGAAUCACGGAAAUGUUUACGCGACUGAUGCAAUUCUAGCUACGAUUAUGUGCUGCUCUAGAUCAAAUUACUCGUGGGAUAUUGUCAUUGAAAAGAUUGGAGAAAAAUUGUUCAUGGAUAAACGGGAUAACACUGAAUUCGAUUUGCUAACUGUCAAUGAAACAGCAAUUGAGCCUCCGCAGGAGGAUGGAAACUCGCUGAAUUCCCCGAGAAAUUUGGCAAUCGAAGCUACAUUUAUCAAUCAUAAUUUCAGCCAACAGGUUCUGAAGAGUGGCGAGAAGGAAUCCAAAUUCAAAUUUGGAGAUCCGAAUCCAUUUAUUGGCGAUGAUGAAGACGGAGAAGUGGCCAGUGUUGCUUAUCGUUAUAGAAAGUGGGAUUUGAACAAUGGCAUUGUGUUGGUUGCCCGUUGUGAGCAUGACGCUGUUUUGCAGACACCACAGGGUGAUACUCAAUUCCUUACUAUAAAGGCUCUGAAUGAAUGGGAUUCCAAGGUUGCCAACGGUGUUGAAUGGCGACAGAAGCUUGACACUCAGCGCGGUGCCGUUUUGGCCAAUGAGUUGCGCAACAACUCAUGCAAAUUGGCAAAAUGGACUAUUCAAGCUUUGCUGGCUGGUUCGGAUCAGAUUAAGUUCGGAUAUGUGUCUCGUGCUCACGUGCGUGACUCUUCUCGUCACGUUAUCCUAGGAACGCAACAAUUCAAGCCGCAAGAGUUUGCCAACCAGAUCAACUUGAGCAUGGACAAUGCCUGGGGAAUUUUACGUUGUAUCAUCGAUAUCUGUAUGAAGCAGAAGGAUGGUAAGUAUUUGAUUAUGAAGGAUCCCAACAAGCCGAUGAUCCGGCUGUACGAUAUUCCGGACAACACGUUCGAAACCGAUGGCGAAGAGGAGGAGGGAGACGAUGGAGACACCUUCCAACCUUAUUCGUACGGAACGUCGUCUAAAGCUGCUACUACUACUACGGUCGCGGCUACUGCAUCCGCGGCUGCUGCAACUGCAGCUGCAGCUGCUCCUACCGUUACUGCGACCGUCGCACCUGCAAGUGUUGCUCCUGCUACUACUACAACUAUUACUGCUGCUGAUGUCGUGGCCACUACUGUUUCAACUACCACCAGUGCUGCAGCGGCACAACAAAAGUAAAGCACAAUAUAGUAAUACUUCCCAGCUUAGUGGAACCCCAGCAGCAUAUUAUAUAUUGUCAGUAGUUACUCAAACCUAUAAUAUUUGUGACAUCAUUUUUAUACAUUACUAGAGAGCAGAUAGCCAAGCACGAGAUAAAGUGUCGGUUGUAUGAAUGAAAUAAAGUUCUAUCAGUGGCAUUUCGUGGUUUUCGCGAUAUGCCGCUGGUUGGGCACCAAA